AAGAAGCUUAAUUUGACGCAGGCUUCGACAUUACAUUAUAAUGGCGGAUGGGAAGCGGUCUAGUACAGGACCCUCGCCUGCUACAAGCAUGUCCUCUCUCGGGAGGGAACUGUCUCAUUCAGGUCUGAAUCAACUAGAUCACUCAGAUGAUUUCCAAUCUCAAACAUCUCUUCAUCGGGGCACUUUAAUACAGCAGGGACGACGGAGGCGAUUGUCCAGCAGUGCUAGUCUCGAAUCCCUGGAGGUGAGCCCCAGUGCUGAAGCGCGGGUAUUGGUCAUCAACACCGGAGGAACUAUCGGAAUGAUGUACCACAAUAACGUACUGUGUCCGGAGCCCAAUUCCUUCGUCAAUACCCUCCGCAAACUACCCAUCCUUCAUGACGAGCAGUAUGCCCAGCAGACCCGCCUGUAUGACUUCUGUCCCCAAGAGAACACUCUGGUCCUUCCGAUGCCGACGCACCACGCAGACGAGCUUUCGAAAGGGCUUUCCAAGCAGAACAAGAGGAUUGUGUACACAGUCCUGGAGUACUGCCCCCUGCUGGACUCCUGCAACAUGACCACUGAUGACUGGGCGAAAAUCGGAAAGGACAUUGAGAAACACUAUGAGAAGUACGACGGCUUUGUGAUUUUGCAUGGGACAGACACUAUGGCGUACACAGCUUCUGCCCUGUCCUUCAUCUGUGAGCACCUGGGGAAGCCCAUCAUUCUGACUGGCUCCCAGGUGCCCAUUUAUGAGAUGAGGAACGAUGGUCGAGACAACCUCCUGGGGGCGCUGUUGAUCGCCGGCCAGUUCGUGAUCCCGGAGGUCUGUCUGUACUUUCACCACAAGCUGUACAGGGGGAAUCGUGUGACCAAGGUGGAUUCUGGGAGUUUCAACGCCUUUGCGUCCCCCAACCUCCCUCCGCUUGCCAAUGCUGAAGUGGAUAUCAAAAUUAACUGGGACACGGUAUGGAGGGCCAACACCACGGCCAAGUUCCAGGUCCACACCCAAAUGAACCGCAACGUGGGGCUCCUCCGCCUGUUUCCUGGGAUCACAGCCGACACCGUGAGGGCCUUCCUCCAGCCGCCAAUGGAAGGGAUCGUCCUGGAGACGUACGGCAGCGGGAACGCUCCUGACAACCGCGCGGACCUGCUGGAGGAGUUCCACAAGGCCACCGAGAGGGGCGUGAUCAUGGUCAACUGCACCCAGUGUUUGCGGGGCUCUGUCACGAUGUCCUAUGCAACCGGCAAGGCCCUGAGUGACGCCGGGCUCAUCGCAGGCUGUGAUAUGACGCCGGAGGCUGCUCUCUCCAAGCUGUCCCACGUGUUGGCCAAGCAGGACCUCAGCACGGAGGGAAAGCGAAAGAUGCUGAGCCAGAACCUGAGGGGGGAGAUGAUCGCUGAUUUUGAGGGGGCCAAGUUCUCCCUGAGGGACAGCCGCUUCAUCCAGGUUAUCGCCAAGUCCCUGAAUAUCAGCUGCAAGGAGGAGCUGGAAGCUGUCCGCGAUGCGCUGACCCCUACCCUGGCCUGUGCCGCGGCCAAGAUCGGGGACAUCGAGGCCCUGGACGCCAUUAGGGAAAUGGGUAGUAACCUGAGCAUGGAAGACUACGACGGCCGCACGCCCCUGCACAUCGCCGCCUGUGAAGGUCACCUCGCUGUGGUGCAGUACCUCCUGGGCAAGGGUGCCACCGUCUAUGCCAGGGAUCGCUAUGGAGCCACGCCCCUGCGCAACGCCGUCCGCUUCAGACACAAGGACAUCGUGAAGCUGCUGAGGCAGACCGGGGCCCACUUGUCUCGAGACGAGCUGGAGGAUGCGGGCUCUGAGCUCUGCAGUCUGGCGGCCAGCGGGGACCUGGAGGGACUGAUGAUAUGGCACCUGGCGGGGGCGGAGCUGGGAAUGUCCGGAUAUGACGGACAGACGGCCAUUGACAUGGCCCAGGCAACUGGAAACAAGGAGGUGCUGGAGUUCUUGCAACUGGCUGGGCAGUACAAGAAUAUGCUUCUGGCUGAUGAAACUGAGGAGAAUGGGGGCCUGGAAUUUAUGGCAUGUCCAAGAAAAACCUGAGCACAGAAAACUACAGAAGUCCCUAUGUCUUGAUCUCUUUCUCUCUCUCUCUCUCUCCCUCUCUCUCUCUCAAUGAAAAGUCAUCUUUGGAAAUGCUGGCAUAAAAAGGACAGCUGUGAGUGCAUCACUGAUGACUUGGGAAAAGGCAAUACUUCUCAGAGUGAACCGUCCUGUCUGUUGUAAUAUUUUAUGCUGUGUUCAAAAGCAAUACCAGUGGAACACCGGAUAUUAUCACUGAUUGCUGGAGAUUGCAGGUUAAAUUUCAUACUUAGCUUAUGGAAUAUUUAGAACGCACAUCUAAAAUGACUCUGAUCUCAGAGAUGAUAGAAAGCACUUAAAAAAUUACUCUGAUCUCAGAAUCUGUUACACAAAGGGAUAUUUUUCAGACCCUGUAUUUCAUUGAUGGAGAAGCUUUGUGAUUGUGUGUGUUUUUAUCUAUAUGAAAAUAGCUGAAGGGUUAUGGGGCAACGUAAUGUGGGGGGGGGGAGUACCAUGUUAUCAUGAGUGACAUACUCCUAGUGCGUCCCUAGCUUAUCUGUCUAUAUAUCCUACCUCUGUCUACAUAGCUUGCCUCGCCUGGCAUAUGAUCCUGCUCUGCAAUGCUUUAUUUUGCCCACUGACCUGAGUGGAGCCUGAGUCCCGCCCCUCUCUCCCUACUGCUCCAUGCUCCAGGUUCUUGUCUGUCUCCCCAGCCCAGCUACCCACUGCCAGCCUCCUCAGGUUUCCAUUUUGUGCUGCGAGUGGGACAUAGUAUGACAUAAUCACUAACCUGCAGCUACCCAUUACAUCCAGGUCUUAUACCAAAAUGAAUAGCACACAAGUGAGUACUUUACAUCCGUCCAAUUUAGACUUGGUUUUGUAAAACACCCUAUUUGAAUGUAGUAAACUAUUUUAAUAUACCGUUGAAAUGUGUAAUAACUACUUUAUUGUUAUAGGAAAGGGGAGUCUGUUCUUUGUGUUGUUUCAUUUGUGAUCCAUUGUUACUCUUUCUGUGAUACCAACUGGAUACAGAAAAGCACACAAAACAAAUAAAUACAGUUAUGGAUAA